AUGAGCUGCCGUCGUCCAUUCGGUCUUCUCAAUCCGGGCUCCGAUCAGGAUAGCGAAAGAAUCACUACCAUUAUUGCUAGGGAGGAGACACUUCAACUUGAAGAAGCUCACGAUAUUGCUAUGGAGCAGGAGGCUGAUGAAGAAGUUGCCGACGAGGGUGAAGAUACAGAUGUUGAGGACGAUGAAGAACAAGAAGAGGACUAA